CCUGUCGUGUGCUGCCUAUGGACCACUUGCUGCUGCGAGAGGGAUGGACGAUGAAUGUCUAUGCUGCUGUCGACGGUGGCCACAUUUGCUGCAUGACUGCGCUCCCCACAGACCGGGUCGUUACCCUGCGACAAAAGUUGGUCCAUACCUUGGGCAUGGUGCGACGUUUUCGGCUGCUGGCGGGAUGCUGCGUGCUGUCCGGCAACAUGACCUUGGAGGAGGCCGGUCUUUGUGAUGGCUGCUCCCUUCAACUGGUCUGGUUACCGGAGGACGUCUUUGCCACAGCCUCCACGGACACCACUGCGGCCUUUUGGAGCUUGGAGACAGGUGAACGUGUUCAGCUUUUUGAAGGCCAUGAAGAUCAAGUGAUGUGGCUGUGCUUCUCGCCAGAUGGCCAACUACUGGCCACUGCCUCGACGGACCGCACGGCCAAAAUUUGGUGUGCAGACAGUGGGGAAUGUUUAGCAACCCUCCGUGGCCACAAGGGCCCUGUCUUCGCGGUCACGUUUUCCCCUGAUGCUGAGUCGGUGGCCACCUGCUCACAUGACAAGCAGAUCAAGGUCUGGGAUACCAAAGGACGUUGUCUCAGCACCUUAUCAGGGCACAGCAAGCAGAUUUUCUCAGUGGCAUGGGCUGGCGAUGGUCGUACCUUGGCCUCAUCUUCAGAUGAUGCGACCAUCAGGCUUUGGAACAUUGCGACGCAGUCAUGUGCGAAGGUCAUCUAUGGGCACACUGGUGCCGUCUAUUCGGUGUCCAUCUCGGACGUCUCUCGUAAGCUGGUGAGUGCCAGUGAGGACUGUACGGCCAAAACCUGGUGUUUAGAUUCAGGUGAUGGUCACCCGGAGCGCAGCUUCGUCCAUGAGGAGUGGGUGAGACAUGCCCAGUUUUCUCCCGAUGCAUCAAAGGUGAUCACGUCAGUCAGCGACCAUACCGCCAUCUUGUGGGAUGCACUGACUUGUGUGUCCUUGAUGGUCUUCCGAGGACACACUGAUUGGAUCAGAAAUGCCUCUUUUUCGUCAGAUGGGCAAUAUGUGGCCACUUCUUCGAAAGAUGCCUGUGCAAAGGUCUGGAAUUUGGAUGGCAAGUGUCUCCGCAGUGUGACUGGUCACAACCAAUGGGUUCGAUGCGUAGCCUUUGCGCCUAGUGGCCCACUGUCGGAUGGCCGGGUGCAUCCAAUUGACAUUUGCAAUGAGGCCGCGUGAACCGGUCGCUCCGUGAGGCCGCGUUUUGCGUGAAGUUCAUCCUACCAAAUUUGAGCAGGUUUGUAGCUGCUAUUAGUUGUAACACGGGUCCCGCCUCCGGGCCCCACUCCAAGCCUUGCAGAAGUCAGGGGCAACAGGAGAAAACUAGCCGGGACCAUUUGGAUAUCAACCGAGCUGAAGGAACCUGACUCAAUCCUGCA